AUGCUGUCCUUACGCCAAACCAUGAGAUUCAUGGGCCCUGCCACCAGAUUCAUGGGUCCCUCCACCACAAGAGCUUUCUCUUCGCAAAGGGUCAUGCUUCAAAAACAGGUCACCAAGACCGCCACAAAGCUUUCGGAGGUCGACGGCCCAGCCACUUUGGUCGGUCCCGGUGCUAAAGAAGGUGAGGUCCCUACCGAACUAGAACAGGCCACCGGUUUGGCCAGAUUGGAACUGUUGGGUAAACUAGAAGGUAUCGACAUCUUCGACACCAAGCCUCUGGACGCAUCCAGAAUCGGCACCAUGGAAAACCCUAUUGUGGUCGACACUUACGACGACUACCGUUACGUUGGAUGCACCGGUUCCCCAGCCGGCUCCCAUACCAUCAUGUGGCUAAAACCUACCGUCAACAACGUCGCCAGAUGUUGGGAGUGCGGUUCUGUCUACAAAGUCAACGCCGUGGGUGUCCAGACCGAUGACGACCACCACCACCAUUGA